GUUGUCAGCUUGGAGAGUUAGGCGUUAGAAGCCGUAGUGCUUUUCCGUCCCCAUACACAUACAAAAAUACAUUUAAUAUGCAGUAAUGUAUAUAUAAAUGUCUUCAAGAAUAGUGGCUGUAAAAAUAAGUCGUUUAUUUUAAGUAUAAUCCAAGUGCUUUGGGGUUCUUUAACAGCGGAAGGAUAUUAGCGCCGUUUUAACGUGCGAUCUCAUAUCUUAUGUACUGUAAUCAAGAAUGGAGGUUACUGAAGCCAUGGACAGCAGAAGACCUCUGGCAGCCCUGUCUCCCUCAUGGCUGAACACUGAAGCUGGAGAGGUGGAUUUCUCCAAACUUACUCCUUCACAGUUUGGCAUAUCAACAGACAGCUUCUUACCAUCCUCCAAGAUUAAAGAUAAAUCCAGAGUUGCUCAACUGAAGGGCAGGAGGAGAUCCACGAUUGGGGUUCGGGGAUCUCCGGAAACGAACUCCCUCAUCUGCUUCAGGGCCAGACAAGCUGUGAAAACACCUCCACGAACACCACAGCUUUUCCAGGGGAGUCCAUUUCUUUCAUGCUGUGACUCUCUGAAGAAGAAGAUGGCUGCUUUCCAAUGUCUGAUGGAUGAAGAUGAAGAGAAGGAUGGACAGAAAAAAAAUGAGAGUGAGAGUGCUAAAAGCAUUUUGGCUAAAGAUUCUAAGAACGGAAAUGAGAACACACUGACUAAGCAAAGCCCACCCACUUUGAUGAUGCCUCCACCCUCUAAGAAACGCUGCUGGGCCCCACAGGGGGAGUGUGAGAACAAGAAAACUGAAACUCUACUCCCCUACCCCAUCUUCACGACACAACAGGAGCAAGGGGUGAAAUGCUUUGAGUCUCAAAGCCAGAGGCCUCAUUCAGACUUGGAUUCGGAUGCAAAGAAUGAGCUUCUGUCUUUACCCAUGCUGUCAAAACCAGAAAUUAAACUAGCAGAUGAGAAUGUGGUCUCUUCUGUACGCAAGAAGCGUGUUCGUUUUGGGGCCCCGCUCUCUCCAGAGUUCUUUGACAAAACUCUCCCUCCCAGUACCCCACUACAGAAAGGAGGCACUCCAAAGUGUCCUCCAUCAUCCACGGGUCCUAAACUCUCACUGCUGAAGACCCCUCAACUGUCUGAUCCUCUUCCCCAACCUGACUUCAAUAGUCCUCAAAGCAAUGGAGCCUCACCUGUCCUGGUUAUUGACAGAUGCAAUGCUGGACUGGUGUACAGUGAUGAAGUAUUUGAAGAGAUCGAGAAGAUCAGUUUUCCCAAUAUGGAGGACCAGUCUCCUUCAUACAGACAUUCUGAGGACUGCAAAGAUGUACUUUGUGCUGAGGAUCCAGGGCAGCCCCAGGCUGAAGACACUGAAGUUAUGAACGUUGCUUUUCAAGAGGAUGUACAAUCAGAUUCACAGACAAAGGAAAAACUACCAUGUCCCAGUGGUGAUCAGCCACUGGCUUUCUCCGCAGUAAAGGUUGACCAGGAGUUUUCUGUUAGCUCUGAACAGACACUUUCAUCCAAACCCAGCACUGAAUUAUCUCACUCUCGCAGUAGGAAAAGAAAGCAACCAGGGGAGAAUGAGCCUGAGAAGAGGAGAAGCUCACGUACAGCAGCAGCUUCCGCUUCAGGAAAGAUGAAGAACACAGAAGUAAAAAGACGGUUUGGCAAUAAGGAGGUGGAUCGUUCUCUGUAUGGGAAAAGAGACUAUGCCUCAAAAAACCCUCUUCUCAGCCCCAUAUUUGAGACCAUGUCUACCAGUCUCAACAGCACACCAACACCGGCCAAAUCAGGAAAACAAAUAGAUGGAGAGCAAGAUUGCAUUGAGACUCUGAACGUUCCCCAUAGCAAGACAGUUGGUCCCAUGGUAAGUCUGGAUACUGCCUGUACAUGGACCAAUGAAAACGGGCAGACGUCAAGCUCCAAUGUGUCAGACACCACUGACAAUCAAUCAGAUAUGGAUGUGACUUGUCUGGAGCCCUCAGUCAGUGCUCGGGUUCCUGCAGAAAGAGGAAGCUCAGGGUCAAAGACUUCCAAAGCCAAUCGUGACUCUGGGAGGCCUGUGCACCGACGUCGUAGCUCAGGUGCAGCCAAAAGAAAGAAGCUUGGAAGUCCAGCUAUUAGCUCCACUACUGAAUCAGGCAGUGAAACUAGGAAACAAGAUACCGAGAGCCAAAACCCAACUGAAUCUGCAGGUUUGAACCCAGUGUACCAAGACAGUCCUGACAGACCUGUGCGUGAUGUGGCUGAGUGUUCUGAGAACAAAGAAAUUGAGGCUUUAAUAAGCUGUGUGGUACCACAUGAAGAAUCUAUGAACACUGAGGGCUUAGAGCAGAAGACACCAAGUAAUAAAAUAGGUGGACCGGUCCAAAAGGCACUGAAAAGUCCUCCUGGAAAGCUUAAUGUUGAGGUAGAGCAAGUAGUUGAGAGUGGUCAGUCUGAGCGAUUUACUGAUGACACGUCAGAGAACAACGCUGGACCUACAGAGCCUAGUUUGGCACCGUGGCAGCAGGCUGACUUCAACAUCGACGACAUCCUGAAACCUGUGGCAAAGAGUCGAGGUUCUGUGCGACGCAGCCUGAGGAACCGGAGGAGCGUGGACCUUCAAGCUGCGGGCCUGGCCUGGGUGGACCACACCUCUCCGGAGCUGAGUAAAGCGAGUCGGAGGAGGACUCGCGGCAGACUCAGUGGAGUGUCUGAACCAUUCAUCUCUCAGGCCUCUGUGGAACUAACACCAAACCCGGGAGAGUAACUGACCUCAAUCAGAAGUGUCAGUUAGCAGUUCAAUUACUGUCAAGUGAACAAAAUACUAUUCCUUCCUCUUAUCUAAUGUUUUACAUUUCUUCUUUUUUAUGCUAUUUUAGUGUUUGUGGAUGAAACCUGCUCUUGUUAAGAAGAUUACAUUAUUGUUAGAUUACUUCUACUCAUUAAAUCUUCUAUUGGGUGAAUGAAUUGAUGUUUGAAGGUGAUUUUCCUGUGGUAAUCUCAUAUUCUUUUGCAUAAAUGGCAAUCCCAGUUUGCAUGGACA